AGUAUUUUUAGAUGUCGAACAAAACACAAAAGCACCUAUCUUCUUUAAAUAGGGUGUUGUAGGUGUUCUUGUGAGAGAGAGAGAGAGAGAGAGAGAGAGAGAGAGAGAGAGAGAGAGAGAGAGAGAGAGAGAGAGAGAGAGAGAGAGCCUGUGUGGUGCAGUUACACCUCCACUGCUGACAGCUGACAGGUCUCUGAGGGAUGAAGGAUGUGGUGUUUGUGAUUAAGACUGCAUGUUGGAUCGCUAACUUCUAAAAUAUGCCAUAGAAAUAGAUGACAUAUUUAAGUGGAUGCCAUGAUGGAUGCUAAACUGAGCUCUGCAGAUGUGAAUGAAAAGAUAGAUGAUGGGAGUGGUGACAAGCUACAGUUCCAUGACUCUAAACCCUCAGAUUUACAGGAACCUGUCAUUGCUGACAGCAUCACUGCAGGAGCUUUGACUGAAGCCACUAGUUUUUCAGAGCAGAUCUCCACUGAGGACACUGAAUUAUCUUCAGCUGACAUCUCUGUGAAUACAAACAAAACUGCAGACGUCCCUGCUGAAUCCAACUUGCAAAAUAAUCCAAAAGGUGUGGUGACCAGAGCAGCAUCCGUCUGCAGCCCAAGCUAUGUAGACAGACAACAGCUAGUGCCUCAGUUUGCCCUGCUGCCACCCUCCAUGGAGGCAAGCACAGUCUAUGAAGUAAGUCAGCCAUUCACAUCAAUGAGCAGGAAUCAUGAAAACCUCAAAACCACUGGUGUCCAUACUGAGGCAGACAGAGAGGACAUCUGUGCUACAAUCCUUUUGGCCUGUCUCUUCUGCCAUCCACUGGACUGUCUCCUGGCCACCAUGAGAGGAUGUAAUGAGUGCAUCUGGUCGAUGUGCUCAUCUCUGUGCGGCUGUGAGCCCACCACCCUGCAACCUCUCCUUGAUGUCACCCACCACUGUGACCUCUGCGGCUGUCUGAGUGUUCGCAGUUGCCUUUGUGACUGUCCCGUCUGUGAUAUCUGCCUCCAGACUACAGAAUGCCUGGACCUUGCUAUGGAAAUCUCUCAAAUGCUCUACCACUGAUGCUGU